AUGCGGUGGUUGCCGCUGAGCACAGUGUCAAGCACGGAAAGGGACAGUGAGGAAGAGAAUCCUGCUAUGGUGUAUCUCAAUGUAUAUGAUCUUACUACCAUCAACAACUAUCUUUACUGCUUUGGCCUUGGAGCCUUUCAUUCCGGUAUUCAAGUGUAUGGUGUAGAAUAUGGCUUUGGAGCGCAUGAAUACCCAAGUAGUGGUGUGUUUGAGGUGGAACCUAGAAGCUGUCCUGGCUUCAUCUUUAGACAAUCAAUCUUGUUGGGUAGCACUGAUCUGUCUGUCUCAGAAUUCCAUUCUUUCAUGGAGCACCUCUCUGCAAAAUAUCAUGGAGACACUUAUCAUCUAAUUGCCAAAAACUGCAACCAUUUUACGGAUGAAGUUUGCCAACAACUAACAGGAAAUCCUAUCCCUGGAUGGGUAAAUCGGCUGGCACGUGUGGGUUCUUUCUGCCAUUGUCUUCUUCCAGAAAGCAUGCAGCUUGCUGCAGUUAGACAUGCCCCUGAGCAACUUGUAUAUGCUGAUGAUGACAGAUCAGGAUCUGAUGGCUUUUCUCUGUCUAUUGAGAGUGAAGAGGAGGAUCCCAAUCAGCAUCUGCUAACUGCACCAAAUGGUGAUGUUGCAUUUCUAAAGGAAAAACCAGUUAGGAUGACACGGGAGCACCUAUGAUUUUUAUGGGCUUAUCUUCUGCUUGUACCCUAUUUAUGAUCUUAGAUUGGAGUGUAACAAGUUUCUCAGCUAAAAUAUAUAAGCUCAAAAUGCAAGCUUUGUAGAUCAAAAAGCGAUACUCUGUUGUAUAUGUCCUCCUGUACAUGAUGUUAAAAUUGACUGAAGUGCGACCGGAAAUGUUCAGGUAUAAAUCUGAUUGAAUCACUCCUUGCCAAUCUGACGAUGCUCCCCUUCUUGUAGCUACUACUAAGUGCCAACAAUGUUCAAAUCAUGUACAAAAUGACAAGUUCUUGUAAAUAUUCUGUUUGCACUUUUUCUGAAACUGAAAUUGAAUAUUAUGUUUUAAUGUGGUCUUUAACACUGAGUUGAAGUGUCACGCAAAGUUAGAUGCUCUAGUUUGUUUU